AUGACCUAUUCUACAGUCAAUAUUAACACACCUCCACCAUAUCUCAGUUUGGCCAAUAAUGAAAAAUUACCUACAGUUUUGUCUAUUGCCGGAACAGAUCCUAGCGGUGGUGCUGGUAUUGAAGCAGAUGUGAAAACUAUCACUGCACACAGAUGCUAUGCUAUGACUUGUAUCACUGCUUUGAAUGCUCAAACUCCAGUUAAAGUAUACAGCAUUAAUAACACGCCAAAAAAAGUGGUUUCCCAAAUUUUGGAUGCCAAUUUACAGGACAUGAAAUGUGACGUCAUCAAGACUGGCAUGCUUACGGCAGCUGCUAUCGAGGUGUUGCACGAAAAACUUCUGCAUCUUGGUGAAAAUAGGCCUAAGUUAGUAGUUGAUCCAGUCCUUGUUGCUACUUCUGGCUCUUCUUUAGCUGGAAAGGAUAUAGCUAGCUUAAUUACGGAGAAAAUUGCACCUUUUGCUGACAUUUUGACUCCUAACAUUCCAGAGUGUUUCAAGCUGUUAGGUGAAGACAGAGAAAUAAGUAAAUUGCAAGACAUUUUCGAAGUCGCAAAAGACCUUGCCAAAAUCACCAAGUGUUCCAAUAUUUUGGUGAAAGGUGGUCACAUUCCAUGGAAUGAUGAAGAAGGAAAGUACAUUACCGAUGUUCUUUACUUAGGGGCCGAACAAAAGUUAAUAACCUUUAAGGGUAAUUUUGUUAAUACAACCCACACUCAUGGUACCGGGUGCACCCUAGCUUCCGCCAUUGCAUCAAAUUUGGCUCGCGGUUACUCCCUUCCCCAAUCUGUUUAUGGUGGUAUUGAGUACGUCCAAAAUGCCGUGGCCAUUGGCUGUGAUGUCACGAAAGAAACUGUUAAGGACAAUGGGCCAAUUAAUCAUGUCUACGCCGUAGAAAUUCCAUUAGAAAAAAUGCUCAGUGACGAAUGUUUCACUGCAUCAGAUGCCGUACACAAAAAGCCAGUCAAAAGUUGUCUUAACAAAAUUCCUGGCGGAAGUUUCUAUAAAUACCUAAUAAAUCACCCUAAAGUUAAACCUCACUGGGACUCCUAUGUGAACCAUGAUUUUGUUAGAAAAGUAGCAGACGGUUCAUUAGAGCCUAAGAAGUUCCAAUUUUUUAUCGAACAAGAUUACCUGUACUUAAUCAAUUAUGCUAGGAUUUCCUGCAUCGCGGGUAGUAAAUCUCCAUGUCUUGAAGAUUUAGAAAAGGAGCUAGUUAUUGUCGAAUGCGUUCGUAAUGGGCUUUGCCAACAUGAAAGAAGAUUAAGAGAGGAAUUUGGAGUUAAGGACCCGGACUACUUACAAAAGAUUCAGAGGGGUCCUGCAUUAAGGGCUUACUGUCGCUACUUUAAUGAUGUUUCCAGAAGAGGUAACUGGCAGGAGUUAGUUGUAGCUCUUAAUCCUUGCUUAAUGGGCUAUGUUCACGCUUUGACCAAGAUCAAGAAUAAAGUAACUGCAGCAGAAGGCUCCGUUUACCGUGAAUGGUGUGAAACUUACUCAUCUUCAUGGUGCCAUGAAGCUAUGCUUGAAGGCGAAAAGCUGUUGAAUCACAUCUUGGAAACAUAUCCUCCAGAACAACUUGAUACACUGGUGACAAUAUAUGCUGAAGUUUGUGAGUUGGAAGCUAACUUCUGGACCGCCGCUUUAGAACACGAAUGA